AUGACAGUUGGGUCCGGUAACACUGGAACAGGUGGCAUUAUCUCAAUCACUGCUGGAACGAGCACUCAAGCGUCGACUGGGGUUGGUGGCAGUGUCUACUUAAGUGGAGGCACAGGCAUUGCAACCGGAGGAAGCGUUCAAGUUGUGUCGGGUACAAGUGCCGCUGGCUCGUCUGGUUCUGUUGGCAUUCAAACGGCGAUCGCUGGAACUUCGGGCUUAAGUGGUGCCGUCGUUGUAUCCAGUGGAACUUCGGCGUACGGAUCGACCGGUGCAGUUACUAUUGCAAGCGGUGUAUCAACUGCGAGCGGUGUAGGCGGCGCUGUUUCCCUUUCAGCUGGAAACGGUGCAACGGGUACUGGUGGCGCUGUGACAGUAGCAGGUGGUCUGAGUGCAACCGGUGGUUCUGGUGGAACGGUGACCUUAACGUCUGGAUCGGGCAGCGCAACAUCGAGCGGUGAUGUCGUUGUAAGCAGUGCUGGUGCUGGAACUACUGGUGUAUCGGGUUUGUUGAGCUUCAGUAGUGGGGCGGCUACAUCCGGCAGUUCUGGCAAUGUCAUUUUGGGGUCUGGUGCUGCUGCAGGCGGCAAAGGAGGGUCCAUUUUGUUGACAGUUGGGUCCGGCAACACUGGAACAGGUGGCAUUGUCUCAAUCACUGCUGGAACGAGCACUCAAGCAUCGACUGGGGUUGGUGGCAGUGUCUAUUUAAGUGGAGGCACAGGCAUUGCAACCGGAGGAGCUAUUGGCAUUGUUACUGGUUCAAGUGCUGCGGGUAGCUCAGGUGCCUUGUCAUUGACAUCGUCGGCUUCAGGUACAGCUGGCGCGAGUGGCAACGUCAUUCUUUCUAGUGGUGUGUCGUCCCAAGGAAGCAGUGGUACUGUAACAAUUGCAAGUGGUGUAUCAAGUGCUGGUGGUGUCGGCGGGGCUGUCGCAAUUUCUGCUGGAGAUGGUGCAAGUGGAGUUGGUGGCGCAGUUACUAUCUCGUCUGGCAAGUCCGCCAAUAAUAUUGGCGGCGAUCUGACCCUUUCAUCGGGUCCUGGUACAGCAACGUCAAGUGGGAAUAUUAUUCUCAGUAGUCCCAAUGCCGGUACUACGGGCGUGUCUGGAUUGCUCAGCUUCAGCAGUGGAACUUCAUCCAGUGGCGCCUCUGGAAACCUGAUCUUUGGUAGCGGUACUGCAACUGGUGGAAAGGGUGGCUCUAUCUUGAUGACAGUCGGAUCAGGCAGCGUUGGGACGGGCGGCAUUGUGUCAAUCGCCGCCGGAGCCAGUACUCAAGCGACCACGGGUGUUGGUGGCAGCGUGUACUUGAGCGGUGGUACUGGAGUCGCCACUGGAGGUGCGAUUGGCCUGGUUACAGGCUCAAGUGCCAGUGGUAACUCGGGCGCACUGUCGUUGAAGACGUCCGACUCUGGAACGUCGGGUGUCAGUGGGAAUGUUGCGAUCACAAGUGGGACCUCAGCUGCAGGCUCAAGUGGAACCGUAACGAUUGCAAGUGGCGUGUCCAGUGCCGCAGGAACAGGUGGAGCAGUUGCGAUUUCUGCUGGCGAUGGCGCUACAGGAGUUGGUGGCGCCGUCACAGUGACGGGUGGACUUUCUCCGACCAAUUACGGUGGAAGCUUGACUCUACAAUCUGGAAGCGGAACUGCCACCUCUAGCGGUGAUGUUUCGGUGCAAACUGCUGCGGGUGGGGUGAGCGGGGUUAGCGGGAAGAUUGCAUUGAGUACCGGUACGACCACAGCUGGAAGUACAGGGGCCAUUCAAAUUGCCACUGGCGUUGCAACUGGUGGUGUGGGUGGGGCCAUUUCACUCUCUGUUGGAUCUGGUACAGCAGGCGCUGGAGGGGACCUAACUGUCACUGCUGGCACAACCACAUCAACUGGUGCUGUUGGUGGCGCCAUUUCAUUGAAUGGUGGUGCAGGUGUCGGAGUUGGUGGAAGUAUCGUCCUUACAGCUGGUCAAUCGACGGGAACUAUCGGAGGAUACAUUUCACUGGUGAGUGGUGCUGGUACAAGUGCUGCUAGUGGGGCUGUAACUGUGGCGUCGGCUACGUCAACGACAAGUGGUGCGCUUACAUUUAGCUCUGGGACAGCCAGUGGAGGCAACUCGGGUGCUAUCACUAUCCAGUCAUCCCCGGCGACCGGUGGCAAAGGGGGAGCCAUCAGUUUGACCGUUGGAAGUGCCAACACUGGAGCUGGUGGUGAUAUUACAAUUACUGCUGGCCUCACUACAGCGUCAACGAUGACUGGUGGUAAAUCAUCCAUCCUCGGUGGCGCUGGUAUCGUUGGCGGCGACGUCCAAUUGACUGGUGGUUCUGGUACUGCUGGUGCUGGUGGCAACUUGGUCAUGGCGAGUGGUGCUGGCACAAGUGCUGCCAGUGGCUCAGUGACGAUUUCCACACCAACGUCAGCAUCCAGUGGGUCAUUGACGUUUAGUUCUGGGACAUCCACAGCUGGAAACUCAGGGGCGAUUACGAUUCAGUCGUCUGCUGCCACUGGGGGUACAGGUGGAGCCAUAGCGAUCAGUGUUGGAACAGCCAACACUGGCACGGGUGGUGCGAUUGACAUCACUGCCGGAACAACAACUGCUUCGACGUCAACUGGGGGUACUCUAACCUUGACUGGUGGCGGGGGUACCUCCACUGGCGGAAGUCUCACACUUUCGGGUGGGGCAGCCUCGUCUGGAACGGGUGGUUCUGUGACACUGAAGGCCGGCUCGGGAACUACCGAAGGCUCUGUAAAGGUGGUAGACGCCAGCAGCAACUCACUUUUGCUCGUGAGUGCGUCGACCUUGACGGCGAGUAGCGCGGCUGUGGAUCUGACCAGUACAUCGACCAUGGCACUGACAGCAUCCACGACAAUGACGUUGACAGGGUCGUCGACAGUUGUGACUGGCGGGCUGCUGCAUGUCAACGCGAACAACUUCAAAGUCACGUCCGAUGGAACAACAUCGACAUUCUUGGUCACGGCGGCAACCGGUGGGGUCUCAAUGGCUGGAGAUCUCGCCUUGACAGCCGCGGUGGCCUCGAUCACUCAUUCAGGCGCGACGUCGUUGACGGUGUCGACGCCCAGUUUGAUCGUCACGGGGGGCACGUUUGCAAUGGCUGGAAGCGCUGGCACGGCAUCGGCGGGCACGUGUGUCCAAGGCACGAUCAUGUACGAUACAUCGUUCAUCUACAUUUGCUCGACGGCCAAUGCGUGGUACAAGGCGACUCUCGCUCCGAUCUAGGCAUUGAAGCAAUUCAUGCUUUGCAUAUUUUCAAAAAAAUACAUAUUUCUACA